GAGCCGUUUCCAUUAGCUUGGGCCGCCUUAGUUGAAUGUGUGUUUUGCCACACAUGACAAUCAAGAGUGCGUAAUAUAUCCAAAUGAGCUGCUCGAGAGAGAUUCCAUUGUGGACACGUAGUAUUUGCGUUCCCAAAUACGUCUAGAGGCAAUGUCAAAAUUAAAGUGGUCUUUGUGUGCGCAGGUAAUUGAGAUUUAAAGUAGCGCGUUUCGUGUUAUUUAAUUCUGUCCUACCCGGGUCGACCACUUGGUAAGCCACGUAUUUCGUCUCUCGGACAAUGAGCGGUGCUCAAUUAAACAAAUUAUGUGGAAAAGGCAUCAGAUGAAGUAUUAGAAGAUUAUUUCAAAGAUUCAAAAUGGCAGAGUCACAAACUGCACGACGCAACUCCGCCCACGAACUAGGACAAAGACGAACACAGAAGUUGGCCAACACAGAGGCAAGACUGGUGAGAUCUUACCUGCGAGAAAUUCAUUCUCGCUGGGAGAAACUUACCCAGGAGCAACAUAUCAUAAUGUCCGAGUGGGACCAAAAACAGCGUAAUUUGUGGAAGAAUAAACGAAGACUUGUUCUUCUUGCUGAGCGUAUUGCGAAUACUGAUCGCAGUAAAGAGGCCGAGAAACAUUUAAUGGUCGCUAACUUGGAAACCGCGAUAGAGAAAGUCGAAAAAGGUGCUCAUGGUACGCCAGAAGACAGCGAACAAAUCCCGCUGGAUAAUGUCGGAGCCAAAACUUCUGAAACAGUCCAAAGUUUUGAUAAAAGUCAAGUGGGAAAUGUGAGUCCCAGAAAUCCUGUAACAGAGACGAGACGAAAAUUUAAAUGUUCCAAGUCUGAAAAUUCUUCAUUUGACGUCGAUAAACCAUAUCCAAAAUCAAAAUUUUCUGGAAAAUUACCCGUUCAACAGCCUGACAUAGAUACCCAGGUGCUUACUGGCACAGAAAAAAACGAUAAAAUCAAAUACCCUGACAAAAAUAAAAAUACAUUAACUCAAAACAUUCAUUCGGAAGUACCAAGGAAUAGUCAAACGGACAAAAAGGCACAAAAAGCGGGAGUGCCUAGCGGUGCUGAAAUAGAAUUAAACCCCGAAAAUUCUAACAGUGGUAGUCGGAUCAAAGACAAUUUAUCUGGACAAAAUGUCCAUAAAUACGUCGGAUUAAACCCUCUUGGUUCAAAAACCAGUGACAUGUCAACGGGCCAAUCUUCCAACAUAAACACAUCAUGUGAAGGCACAUCGGAGUCCGAAUCCAACGCAACAGGUAGGCCUACCAGUGUGGGCGUUACCAGCGCAAGACAGGAAAACAUACCCGCUGCAGAUCCAAACGCUAAAUCUACAGAACCACUGAACAAUAAUGACAAAUCUCUCGAUGAGUUAUUACCGAAGUUAGCCGGCAUGGGAAUUUACAGCUACGGACAUGGUUAUGGCUUACACCCGGGUGCACAGGGGCAGAGAAAACUUGUGACAAAGUUGGAAAUGUUUGCGGAUUACGAUGGAACCGUUCUAGACUUUAAGAACAACCCUCGUGGCAGAAGACCACGAACACCCGUUCCCAGAUUCGAUCAGAUCGUUCCCGUAGGGCGAUUACGUAAAUUCCUCCAGAAGGAAGAGGAAAAACAUCAUGAACUGAUCAUUCGAAACAAACUUUCUCAUUUCAAGACUGUGUCAGACAAAAAAUUGCAAACUAUAGACGACAGACUACAAACAAGUUCUUUUAAAGCACCGCGUGCGAAGUCAGCGUUUGCCUUGUCUUCUUCAUCCGAUAUUGAGAGACGCAGUAUAGAAUAG